AUUACCUACUCACUUAUUUUUAGUAGCACUAUAAUAAAUGCGUGAAAUAUUGCAUUUACAAGCUGGCCAGGCAGGGAACCAAAUAGGUCAAUACUUUUGGCAAACAAUAUCCCAGGAACAUGGACUAGACGAGCUUGGCACCUUUGUUGGCGACUCGGAAGUUCAACGCGAACGUAUAGAUGUGUAUUAUGCGGAGGGGUCAAAUGGAAGAUAUGUCCCACGUUCUAUUUUGGUUGACUUAGAGCCUGGAACACUGGACGUCAUCAAGGCCUCCCAACAAGGGAAUCUCUUCCGUCCAAACAAUUUUAUUUUUGGCCAGUCUGGAGCAGGUAAUAACUGGGCUAAAGGGCACUACACAGAGGGGGCAGAGUUGGUAGAAAACAUCCUGGACGUUGUUCGCAAAGAAGUUGAAGCCUGUGACGCGCUUCAGGGCUUUCAGAUCUGCCAUUCCCUCGGAGGUGGAACUGGCUCAGGCAUGGGCACUCUGCUAGUCUCAAAAAUUCGAGAAGAAUACAAUGACAGGAUGUUAUGCACAUUUUCGAUAGUUCCGUCUCCGACCGUAUCUGAUACAGUAGUAGAGCCCUAUAAUGCUACUCUUUCGACUCACGAGUUAGUCGAACUCGUGGAUGAGGUGUUUUGUAUUGACAACCAGGCGUUGUACGAAAUUUGUUCUAGAACACUGAAAAUUCCCUCCCCAUCAUACGCGGAUCUCAACGGCUUAGUUUCACAAGUGAUGUCAGGCAUCACCUGCUCUCUACGAUUCCCAGGGCAGCUGAAUGCCGAUCUCCGAAAAUUGGCGGUCAAUCUUAUUCCUUUCCCUCGCCUCCACUUUUUCCUAGUCGGAUUUGCGCCUCUCUCGUCUCGAAAUAGCGUGGACUACCAGAUGUCAUCCGUCCCGGAGCUGGUGUCCCAAAUGUUUGAUAGAAAAAAUAUGAUGGCGGCCUGCGACCCAACUCAAGGCAAAUACCUAACGGCGUCAGCGAUGUUCCGCGGCGAGAUGUCCACCAAGGAAGUGGAUGAUCAAAUGUUCCUCGUUCAGUGCAAAAAUGCACCCUAUUUUGUCGAGUGGAUCCCCAAUAACAUCAAGUCAUCUGUAACAGAUAUCCCACCAGUCGGCCUCAAAAUGUCGGCCACCUUUAUCGGCAACAACACCUCUAUACAAACUUUGUUCAAGCGCAUCUCGGGACAAUUUACCGCCAUGUUCCGUCGCAAGGCAUUCCUUCAUUGGUACAUUGGAGAGGGAAUGGAAGAACUGGAGUUUACCGAGGCCGAGAGUAACAUGAACGACCUAAUAUCUGAGUACCAUCAGUACGAAACUGCCACGAGGGACGAUGACCAGGAAAUUGAACACGCCGACGAUUUUAAUAGAUAUGACCAAUUGGCAGCGCAUUCUGCAGAACAAGAACCAAUUGAAUAAAUACACUUAUUACUAGUUUUUUAGUCAUCCCUUCAAAUA